ACUGGAGUGGUCAUUAUCUCUAUCCAAUGAAAGACACUGGAAAUUGCAAUUUUCUGAUGCACAAACAAAUUGGAUAAGCCUUUCAUUUCAACUACAACCAUGUCGAUACUUCUACUCCUCCUCUUCACCUUCCUCAGCCCUAGUUUCACCUCUGUCGACUCCUUGAAUUUCUCAUUCCCUUCCUUCGACUCCGGAAGCUGCACCAAAGGCGGCAACUUGAUUUGCAGUGGCUCCGCCACUGCAAGCAACGGGACUUUGAACGUGACGUCGGAUCACCAACAACAACAGCCGAGAGAUACACCGCCGAUAAACCAGAUCGGACGGGUGUUGUAUAAAUAUCCGGUGAUCGGAUGGCCGGCGUCUAUACGCACCACUUUCAGUAUUAGGAUACUGACUGACCCCAACUCUAAAGGAUCUGGUGAUGGAAUGGCGUUUGUUCUGGCUCCGGAUGCUCAACCCUCUCCUGCCAACAGCUUUGGCUCUUUUCUUGGUAUCUUUGAUCAGUCUACUCAAGAUGCAGUUCAUCAACUUGCAAUAGAGUUCGACACGUACAAGAAUGAAUUCGACCCGGAUGAUAACCACAUCGCAAUUGACACCGUAAGCGUACAAAACCCGGAUGCGGUGAAGAGCCUCAACAGCACCGGAAUAUAUCUCAAGACGGGUAGAGAAAUAACGGUUCGCAUCGAAUAUGAUGGGUGGACCAAGAAUCUUCAGAUUUAUGUCGGGUAUAAUGGGGAUCCACUAGUCAGCUUUCUCAAUCAUACAAUGAAGUUGCGGCAUACAAUUCCUAGCUCUGUUUACGUGGGCUUCACAGCCGCCACAGGUACUCUAUCAGAAACACGUCAAGUUCUAGCUUGGAACUUCACAUCCAUUGAAUUGCCAAACAAAUCUCUGGGGCCAGGAAACAACCUGGGUGUGAAAGUGGCUGUUCCAGUGAUUUCUGGGCUGUUGUUUCUUGCAAUAUUGGCUUUACCGUUUGUGCUUAGAGCUCUUAGAAUACGAAAAGAGAGGCUUGCAAGGAAAGUAGACAUUGAAAUGAUGAUAGCAGCAGCAAAUGGACCACGACUCUUCUCUUACAAGAAACUUUCAAAGGCAACUCGCAACUUCAGCAAAGACAACCUGCUGGGAAUUGGCGGUUUUGGCAGUGUUUACAAAGGGGUUAUGUCGAAACCUCCCACCACUAUUGCUGUCAAAAAAAUCAAUGCCGCAUCCAAACAAGGUGAGAAGGAAUACUUGGCAGAAAUCUGCACUAUUAGCCGCCUAAGCCACAAAAACUUACUACAACUCCAAGGUUGGUGCCAUGACCAUGACCAACUCCUACUAGUUUACGAAUAUAUGCCUAAUGGCAGCCUUGACCGCUUCAUCGGCAAGGACGACACCUUCCUUGAUUGGGCAACCAGGUACAAGGUAUUACUGGGAUUAGCAUCAGCAUUAGUUUAUCUACAUGAAGAGUGUGGCAACCCUGUUGUACAUAGAGAUGUGAAGCCCAACAAUGUCAUGUUGGAUUCAGAGUACAAUGCACAUCUAGGCGACUUUGGCCUUGCCAGGCUACUUCAAAACGAAGCCUCGGUCACAACCAGAAUAGCAGGGACACCAGGGUAUUUGUCACCAGAGGUUAGCUUAACGGGUAGGGUUACCCCAGAGUCUGAUGUUUACAGCUUUGGAAUGGUGGUUUUGGAAGUGGUUUGUGGGAAGAGAUCAAAAGGCAUCAUGGAUGCAAAUAGUUUAGUAGAUAGCGUAUGGACGUUAUACGAAAAGGGUGUUGAUGCAUUGCUCGAUUGUGUGGAUAGAUUGCUUGAAGGGAAAUUUGAUGAGGAGGAAGUGAAGAGGAGUUUGGUUGUAGGGCUUGCUUGUUUGCAUCCAGAUUUAAUGCUCCGGCCUCGGAUGAGAAAGGUGAUUCAGGUUUUCCUGAACCCUAAUGAGCCUCUCCCAAAUUUGCCCGAAUCGCGGCCUAAUUUGGUAUGCUUGUCAUUUAGCUCUUUUUCAAUAACUUCAACUACAACUGAUUUAGGUAAUAGCAAAGUCGAUGGUGGAGGUUCUAUGGAGACUUUGCCAGAUGAGACCACAGUCCCAGAUGAGACCACAGUUCAAAAUGUAGGAGCAUGUUAGACUAAAUUUUAAAGCAUGUAUAAAAUGUAUAAAAUGCAUAGGAGGUUCUUGGGAAAUUGAUGUAUAAAAUGUAGGCCUUUAUGCAGUAGAUUGUAUGGUAGAGUGCAGCUACACGGGGAGAUGAAAGUUUAAUUUCCAUUAUCUCAAGUUUUUGCAUUGUUUUUGAGUAAUUGUAAAGCAUGACAAUUGGUUUAUUAUAUUUUAAGAGUAUUGUUAUUUAAGACAAAAAAAA